AUGCCCUCCGCAGAGUCGGAGACUUCAACUGACGGCAAGGAGGAAAACGGGGAGUGGGAGAGAGCAUCUACAGUGAAGCCAGACGACGAUGCCCAGCAACAAGCGGAGCAGGUCGGUAGGACACUGCUUCAACAGAAGGCCGACAAGGAAUCCGAAGACGAACCCGAAACCUUCGACAAGAUCGAAAUCACUGAGGAGGACUGCUUGAGCGAACUCGGCUACGCCUAUCCCGAAUGGAAGAAAUGGACAAUCCUUACUGUAAUCUUCCUGGUUCAACUGUCCAUGAACUUCAAUACUAGCCUCUACUCCAAUGGGCUGAAAGGUAUUUCGGAGGAAUACCACGUCAGUAUGCAAGCCGCACGGUGCGGCGCCAUGAUCUUCUUGGUACUCUAUGCGUUCGGCUGCGAGCUGUGGGCGCCUUGGAGCGAGGAACUGGGCCGAUGGCCUAUCCUGCAGCUCUCGUUGACCCUGGUCAACAUUUGGCAGUUUCCGGUCGCCUUGGCCCCUAACUUUGCAUCCAUCAUGGUUGGAAGAGCCCUAGGCGGCCUCAGCUCUGCUGGUGGCUCAGUGACCCUGGGAAUGAUCGCCGAUAUGUGGGAUUCGGAUAACCAGCAAUGUGCUGUGGCUUAUGUGGUCUUCUCGUCUGUCUUCGGUUCCGUCCUUGGACCAAUAGUCGGAGGAUUUGUUGAACAAUAUGUCAGCAGCUGGAGGUGGACGAUUUGGAUCCAGCUCAUCUUUGGUGGCUUUGUCCAGGCUUGUCAUUUCUUUCUGGUCCCCGAAACGCGGUCGACAAUCAUCAUGAACCGAGUUGCGAAGAGAAGACGCAAAGCCACCGGUGAAAACAUCUGGGGGCCGAACGAACUCGAACCUUUCAGAGACCGCUUCUCAGUUAAGGAAGUCCUCAUCACUUGGAUCCGGCCAUUCAAGAUGUUCCUUACCGAGCCGAUCGUCCUCACACUAUCGCUACUCAGCGGUUUCAGCGAUGCGCUCAUCUUCAUGUUCAUUCAAUCUUUCUCUCUGGUAUAUGCGCAGUGGCACUUUGCAGUCUUUGCAGUUGGCUUAGCCUUUCUGCCCCUGGGGAUUGGGUAUGUCAUUGCGUGGAUCUCGUUCAUUCCAGCCAUCAAGCGCAAUAUUCAUGAAAGGGAAUCCAAGCCAGGCGACGAAAAAGCCCAGUACGAAUCGCGGCUCUGGUGGCUUCUUUGGACGGCUCCUUGCUUGCCUAUUGGAUUGUUUGGUUUUGCCUGGACAAUUCAAGGACCCCCAAUUCACUGGAUCGGCUCCAUGAUCUUCGCUGCUCUUGUCGGUCUAGCCAACUAUGCCAUCUACAUGGCCACCAUCGACUACAUGAUUUGCGCCUACGGUCCGUACUCUGCGUCUGCCACGGGCGGCAAUGGGUGGUCGAGAGAUUUCCUUGCCGGCGUUCUUACCAUUCCAGCUACACCGUUCUUUGAAAAUAUUGGAGGUCGCCGCCAUCUGAACUAUGCUUGUACCAUUCUCGCUUGCAUAGCUACCCUCCUCGUCCUUGCCGUCUAUGUCAUCUACUACUAUGGCCCUACCCUUCGGAAGCGAUCACCCUUCGCCCAAUCCCUGGCAGAUGCACGCGCCGAUAAUGACGGCCGUCGCCUCUCCUACCUGCCUUCCGCAUCUGGGACCUCGGAGUCUAGAAGGCUCUCGAGGACGAAUACAAAUGCUUCGAGAGAACUGAAUUCGAGGAGGACAAGUCAGGCCCAGUUCGUUAGAAGGCAGAGUAUGCCGAGACUGGGGAGCGGGAUGGUCAGAUAA